CCGAUUUUCCCGAUUUUUUGUUCGAACUAUGUUGUGCUAUUGUUUCGAUUUAUACUUUUCAUUUGCAACAUUAUUAUAAUUGCUACAUAAUAUUGUUCAUUGCAACUAUCUUCCCAACUGCACUCGCAAAUCGUUUGGAUUUUAUUUUGACUUAAGUGAGUUGUCUUCUAUAAAUAAAACAGUAUUUUCAUGUAUGUGAUUUUCCUAGGGGGAAAGGAAAGAGUACAAAAAUAUCGUGUAUCUAGAAUAAUGAAGUUACUGGCGGUAGACGUUUACUUUCCCACUGUGCUUUUAAUGUACGUUAGUCGUAUCAGCAUGAUGUUGCUUCCCCUGCUGUGGUUGAGUGCUUUUUAUUGAGCUCGAGAUUGGCGAAGGAAGCGCAAAGGACCAAUUAGGCGAUACAUUGACUUGAUUAAUCUCAAGUCUUUUGUUUAAGCACUAUAGAACAAGAAAUAAGCAACGCGACAUGCUCAUAUCAAUAGUACCUUUAACAUUUUGAGCUCGUCGUAAUAAAUAUGUCAAAGCUCUGGUCAGAUAUUUACGUUUGUAUGUCAUUAUGAAGUGCUUGAGAACAUUCCUUAAGCGAUAAAUGGCCACUUACGCACUUUGGCUUUGGCUACUUGUCAAUUUGAACAAAGAAGAGAAGAUCGAGCGAAAAUAUAGACGAGAUAUUGAUAAGCUGGGAGAAUGCCCCAGUCGCAAGAGUCGGCAACUGAACUCGUUUCUCUGGGUACUCGAGCGCUCGCCACCAGUGUACUUUUUUGGUACUAUUCACGUUGCAUACACAAAAGUUUGGGAUAAUAUCCCAGCCAAUAGCAAACGAGCGUUCUACGCAUCGCACAAUAUUUACUUUGAGCUGGACCUAACGGACCGGGUUACUUUGAAAACAUUAGCACGAUGUCAGAUGUUACCAGGAAAGCAACAACUCCGAAAUGUCCUUCGAAGUCUCUUCCGACGGAUACGAAAACACUUAGCUCAUAUUCGAAGAGUAUUUCCUAGAUGGAUGACCCUGCAACAACGAACAUUAGGUCUAAAUCCAUUUGACUUGUUCACAUCUAUGACCAGAGAUUGGAGAAGGAAACGUCCAAUUUGGAUAAUGUUACUGUUGAACGCUUUGAACGAAUACGACACAAAAAGUCGUGGUAUAUCCGUCCUUGAUACGUUUCUAAUUCGAGAAGCGAUUCGUCGUAGCAAAAACACUGGGUCAGUGGAAAGUGUCGAAGAGCAAUGUGGUUCUCUGAAUGCUCUCAAUAACAGUCAGGUUGUCGUUGCCCUGAAUCAGACUAUUACUUCUCAGGAGAAAAUUCGACGUGACAAAGCCAAACCGACAUUUUCAACAAAAAAAUUAAUAUUCCACUAUAACUGUGGUGAUCUCAAGAAACUACUGUUCCCUCAAGUUUUGAAAAACGCAUCAGCCCUUUUAAAUUCUACGAUUUCAAGCAGAAGACGUGAACAGGUGCAAGCGCAAUUGUUGGACAGAUACAUGCGAGAAGAAUUGAUUUACAAACGAAAUGAAAGAAUGUUUAAACGAGUGAUAACGCUAAUUGAAGAAAAUCCGAAGAAACAACUCUUUUUUGCAUUAGGAGCAGGUCAUUUUCUGGGCAAUCGAAGUAUAAUUGAACUUAUGAGGAAAGAGGGUUAUAACAUUGCUCAUGUUAAAUCCAAUGAUCCCUUGCCACGUUACGGGAAAAAGAGACCUGUAAAAAAACAUAGAAGAAAAAAUAAACGUAGACGGAAACACACAAGACGAUCAUCGCGUUUGUCGAGCGUUGAUAGUCUUUGGCAAAAGAUAAUUCUAGGAAAUCAUCUCCCGUUGUAUUUCUACCAACAAGUUACCAAGUCACGUCAAAUUCUCUAUCAAUGACCGUACAAUCAACCAAGAAUCAUGGCAAUGCAGCUCAUUUAUCAAAGACAAACCUAAUCUUGCUCCUCGUCAUUUCUGUUUAUGUAAUUAAGAGCAUUUCUUAAUUUUCAUGUAUAUUUGAUUGAAAAGAUUUCAAAUAUUUAUAUAUUAAUAUGCUACAAUGUAAACAUGAGUUUUUUGGCAAUUUUUUUA